GAACCUUUGAGUUUACCUAAUGUGACAUUGUCGUAUGUCAAAAUUUGGUUAGAGCGAAAACAAUUUGUGUUUUAGUUAUUUACAAUCUGUUAUUUUAACAUAAUGCCAGAAAAUAAAGAGGCUGGAGAAUAUUCACCAGAACAACAUAAGAAGCGUAGGAAAAGUAAGUCCAAUUCUCCAGCACGAAAAAAGAAAAAGUCUUCCAAAAAAAAAUCUCAUGGGAGUAGUAGUUAUGAGGACGAUUACAAUCCAAGGGACUACCAAAGAUAUUAUGGAGACGAUCGUCCUAAUAGUGACAGCUAUUGGAAUAAAUACCCAAGGAAGGAUAAUACAAAAGUUGGCCAAAGGUAUUAUGAUGUACCUGAUAAUACAAAGAAAAAAGAAGUUUCUAGUAAUAAGAAUGAUAAAGAAAAGUCUGAAAGUGGAGAAACUACUGACAAAUCAGUUAUAAAACCAAGAGAAAGGAAAGUAGUAGAUAUGUUAACUUCAAAGACAGGAGGUGCAUACAUUCCUCCAGCUAAAUUACGUAUGAUGCAAGCAAGUAUAACUGAUAAAUCAUCUGCAGCUUAUCAGCGUAUAGCAUGGGAGGCUUUAAAGAAGUCUGUUCAUGGUUAUAUUAAUAAAAUUAAUACCUCAAAUAUUGGGAUCAUUGCUAGAGAAUUACUGCAUGAAAACAUAGUAAGAGGUAGAGGAUUACUAUGUAAAUCAAUAAUACAGGCGCAAGCUGCUUCUCCUACUUUCACUAAUGUAUACGCAGCAUUAGUAGCUGUAAUUAAUUCAAAAUUUCCAAAUAUUGGGGAACUUUUAUUGAAAAGAUUAGUCCUCCAGUUCAAGAGAGGUUUUAAACAAAAUAAUAAAUCCAUAUGCAUAUCGGCUACUACUUUUGUUGCUCAUUUGGUGAACCAGAGAGUAGCUCAUGAAAUUUUAGCUUUAGAAAUUCUGACUUUGCUAGUGGAAACUCCAACUGAUGAUUCUGUUGAAGUUGCUAUUUCAUUUUUAAAGGAAUGUGGCCAAAAACUUACUGAAGUGUCUAGUAAAGGUAUAACUGCCAUAUUUGAAAUGCUAAGAAAUAUUCUACAUGAGGGACAACUUGAAAAAAGAAUUCAGUACAUGAUUGAAGUAAUGUUUCAAAUAAGGAAAGAUGGUUUUAAAGAUCAUGCAGCUGUGAUUGAAGAAUUAGAUUUGGUUGAAGAAGAAGAUCAGUUCACUCAUCUCAUAAUGCUUGAUGAUGUCAAAGAAGCGAAUGCAGAGGAUAUUUUAAAUGUGUUCAAAUUUGACGAUAAGUAUGAAGAAAAUGAAGGAAAGUAUAAGACGCUUAGUAAGGAAAUCUUGGGAAGUGAUAGUGAUUCAGAAUCAGGUUCUGGAGGAUCUGAAGACGAAUCUGGAGAAGACGAGGAUGAAGAGGAAGUUAAAGAUCAAGGCAAAAUUAUUGAUAAUACAGAAACAAAUUUAAUUGCUCUUAGAAGAACAAUUUAUUUAACAAUACAAUCAAGUUUAGAUUUUGAAGAAUGUGCACAUAAGCUUCUUAAAAUGGAAUUGAAGCCUGGACAGGAAAUUGAAUUGUGUCACAUGUUCCUUGAUUGUUGUGCAGAGCAGAGGACCUAUGAAAAGUUUUAUGGACUAUUAGCGCAAAGGUUUUGUCAAAUCAAUAAAGUGUAUAUUGAGCCCUUUCAACAGAUUUUUAAAGACACUUAUGCUACAACGCACAGGUUGGAUGCCAAUAGGUUACGCAAUGUUAGCAAAUUCUUUGCUCAUUUACUUUUUACUGACGCGAUAGGUUGGGAAGUUUUGGAAAUAAUGAAACUCAAUGAAGAAGAUACCAAUAGCUCUAGUCGUAUUUUUAUUAAAAUCCUCUUUCAAGAAUUAGCGGAGUACAUGGGAUUAGGAAAACUUAACAAAAGGCUUAAGGAUGAGACACUUCAGGAACAUUUUGCAGGAUUGUUCCCUAGAGAUAACCCUCAGAAUACCAGAUUUUCUAUAAAUUUCUUCACAUCUAUAGGUUUAGGAGGAUUAACUGAUGAACUUAGAGAACAUUUAAAAAAUGUACCUAAAAUGGUGAAUCUUAAAUUAGCUGCAAAUAAAGAAAGUGGAAGCAGUAGUAGUAGUAGCAGCAGCAGUAGUUCAAGCAGUUCAGAAGAUGAUAGUAGUAGCAGUGAAGAUAGUGGAGGUACACAUGAUUCAGAUAAAGCAAAAAAGAAAAAGAAGAAAUCGACAGAAAAAUACCAAGAACGAAACCAAAAAUUAAACUCUAAAUCCAAACGUCAAGAAAAAGACAAGCACAAACAAAAAUAUGCCGAAAAAGAAAAUGAUAAAAAAUCGAGAAAAGAAAAUAGAAGGGAUAACGAAAAAAGAAGUAGUAGAGAUUAUGAAUGGGUGAAAAGUAGGUGCGAGGAUAAUAUUCAUCAAUUGAAAAAUGAUAAACGAGUAUUUGAAAGAUCAUCGAAAAGAGGUUCCAAGUCUAGAGAUAGAGGUAAAGGUAAAGAAGAACGAAGACGCAGAAGUAGAGAAAGGCAAAGGAGUUGAAAAUGUUAUUAAUAAUUAAUAAUAAUGUAUAUAGGUAAAAUAAGUAUUUAAAAUAUGAUUUUUAUCAAACUACUUGUAUUAAAAUUAAAUAUCAACCACUAUAUUUUAU